AUGAAGUUUCGGUACGCAAUGGUGUGUUCUUCCAACCAGAACCGGAGCAUGGAGGCUCAUUUCCUGCUCAAGAGACAGGGCUUCGACGUAUCUUCGUACGGCACUGGUGCCCACGUUAAGCUCCCCGGUCCCUCCCUGUGGGAACCCAAUGUCUACGAAUUUGGAACCCCCUACAAGCACAUGCACGAUGACCUCCGCAGAAAAGACUCUGAUCUCUACAGACGAAAUGGAAUCUUGCCAAUGCUCAAAAGAAAUGCAACAGUCAAAUUGGCACCACAACGGUGGCAAGAAAAUGCUGCGGAUGGCUCCUUUGAUGUGGUGUUGACGUUUGAAGAAAAAGUGUUCGAUAUGGUUAUUGAAGAUCUCCAUAAUAGAGAUCAUGUUUUAUUGAAAACUGUGCUGGUAAUCAACUUGGAGGUAAAAGAUAACCACGAGGAAGCAGCUGCGGGAGCAAAGCUUACUUUGGAUCUAUGUCAGGAGAUUGAAGCUGCUGAAUCAUGGGAGGAAUCAGUUGAUGAAAUUAUUACUGGUUUUGAGAGUAAACAUAGGCGGAAGCUUCUGUACAGUGUCUCCUUCUACUAA